CAAUUCCGGCUUGAGCGAUCGUCGGACGGUUCUGGCGGCGAUGGCCAGAUACCGGUUGUAACUGUGUCGACGCAGAUCGGCGGUUUUCCACGCAAAAGUCAUCUUGGUCUCGAUUGUUCGGUUGUAGGAGAGCGAACUGGUCUUAUCGUGCACGAUUGCUCGCUCGUCUCUCGUUUGGUCUUUCAAAGCCGAUCGGCGUGCUUGCCAAGAAAUUAAUCACGUGAACACACCUUCUGACCGACGAGCGACUCUCUCUCCGAAGGAGCAGUUUUGGACCCGCGUGAUAUUUAUUUUGCAUCCUUUGACCAUGUCUGAUUGUUGAUACGUCCCUACAUCUAUAGAUUUGCUCAGAGCCCCUCUCGCUGGUUUGUAACCGGCUGGCCAAAUGGAAAGCUCAAUGAGCCCAACGCGUUGCGGAUCGCGCCUGUCGGUAUCCUGGCUCACAGGAAUGGUCAGAAAUUCAGUUCGCCAGACGGCAGAAGGGAGGAAUCCUCUCUUGACUCGCUACUUGGGCCGGUCAUCGCUGAGGAUUGUGUAAAACUGCUACAACACUUCCUUAAGACAUCGUCUCGACCGCAAUUCUACGCUCAGGCUUGGACCAUAAUUUUUUGCUACCUUGUCUGCGGUGGACGGUGGCCCGCAAUGUAACCUCAGUGGUAAUGCUAGCACUGUUGGGGAGCUUUACUACUUUGGUGCCGAAGCUACGGAGGAUCUUAAGCUGAUCCUUGGUCCACAAAGGAACUAAUGUUGCCUUGCGGGGGUUCCUUUAUCAUUUCAUGUCUCAGAAUCAACAUUGGAAUGAUCCCGUCAUCAGUUGACCAAAAAUUAAGCUGUGCUUGUUCUGCCGUCCAAUACUUCGAACACAUAGCGUUCUUCGAAAGAAUACGAAAGGGACAUGCAGAAAUGGAGUCAAGAAAUCAAAACAACAAUCGAGCUUCCCGAAGAUCCUAUGUUGACAAAGGAAGUUGGUCAAGCUUUCCCUGGGGUCAAGAUCAUAAGAAGGUCUCGGCCACAAUAUGACCCGAGCUCGACGUUGAGCCAAUUCAGGUCCUCGAGCAUGGAUUGCAAGGGAAAAAGAAGAUUGGGUGAUUCCUCAUCGCUGCACGUUGAUGGAUAUACCAAUGAUAAAGACGUCGUCGGUAUGACACCCUAAUGAUCGGAUUCGCCACACCUAACCUUCCCAAGGUAAAAAUGGCUCUCCAAAAUGGAUUGAUUGAGCUCUUGGCUCCCGUCAAGGUCCCAUAACUCAGUUGGUUAGAGUGUGGUGCUAAUAACGCCAAAGUCGAGGGUUCGACCCCCUCUGGGACCAUUUCAAUUCUUUUUCGCUUUUCACAAUAAUUUUUUUUAAAAGAUAGAAUUCUCCACAACACAACUCCCUUCCCAAACUAAAUUGGGAUUUCUGCAGAUCGAUUGAUAUCUGGCGUCCGUCAAGGUCCCAUAACUCAGUUGGUUAGAGUGUGGUGCUAAUAACGCCAAAGUCGAGGGUUCGACCCCCUCUGGGACCACUAUCGUUUAACUGUUUAACUGUUUCUUUUUUUUAUUUUUAUUUUUUCACCUCUCUAAGCGGAAGUUGAAUUAGGAUGAUGGAUAAUAUCGUGAAUGCUGUGAGGUAUAUUCUUUGGAAUUCUUCUAUAUAUAAAUAUAUAAAUUUGGGCAAUUACUAC